AAUCCGAAUAAAUAGACGCUUUUAUACACGCGAAUCGGCAGCAGAAAAAUUCGCGCGUUACGUACGGAUCCCGGUCAAUGUCUCCGGUGGUUUUCACUCGUGAAAUCCGAGCGGUGCGAGAGAGCCAGAAGCCGAAAGGCGCCGUUGAUCGCGGGGCUUGCCAGAAAAAUUGCGGUUGAAGCUUGAGCAGUGGGACGAGUGUAUGGACCGUGAGUCGUGGGAAAGGAUCGAUUAAUCCGUUAGCCGGGCAGCGCAGAGAAAGUGAAUCAGUUUGUAGGAGAGAUUGCAAGAAUUUUAUUACGAAUCGAAGAUCUAACGUUAUUCGCUCUCGAGCUGAUCGCGACGUAACUUAACGCUGUGAUAUUGCCGAGACGCGCGCAGAAAUUUUCGGAAGCAUCGAACGUGGAUAAGUUCUGAUGCAAUUCAGCUGGGAAUCGCGCAGUCUUCUGUCCGAACAAUAGAGCGAGAGAUUCUCGAGAAAAAUAAAUCUUUUGGAAAGGAUCGCGAAUUGAAAUUUCCCGUGGUCCGGCCCGAUUCAUGGGAGACGGUGUUGCGGGAGUCGACGGAUCAAUCUGACGGCGCUUUGGCCUGCGAAGGCGUUGGUUGGCCGCUUUCGUAGAAGGUCUUGUUCGAUCACUUCGGCGAGUAUUUGUCGACGGUGUUCUUGUUCGGCUUGCCGGAGAUACCGCAGUGGGAGGAGGAGCUCCGCAGGCGUUCUGGAAGCGAAAGAAAAAGUUUCAACGCCGUGGCACGUGUAUCAGCGGUGUGACGGAAAGGAAAAGGGAGAAAAACGCACUGCCGAUUCGGUUCCUUCUCGAUGCUGGAUUACGAACGUUAUCGCGGGAGAAGUCAGAGGUUCGUGGAAAGGGCGAGACCGUCGAGUGCUCGAUUCAAAACCGGUGUCAAGGCCGCUAGAUAAAAGCCGAUCGAUAACAGCCGGUCGAUCCGACGAUCGCGCUAAUUGUCCGAAUACUCGACGUUCCGACGCAAGGUUUCAGAAAAUUCCGUCGGAGGAUUAAGAUGAGUAUCGCGCAGGGAAUGAACAAGGCGCACGGGCACGCGGAGAGCCAGCCCGAGACCAAGAUGGAGAUCGACGCGGAGGAACGAAAGCGACGGGAGAAGAAAGGAGUCACUUAUCAGAUACUAAUGGCAAUCUGCGCAAAUUCAUCCGUGUUGGGCCCAUCUAUGGCAUUCGGUUACAGUGCCGUGGUACUCAGACCACUACAAGAAUACAUGGGCGAGAUGAAAGUAAACGGUAUUCAAGCUAAUUGGAUAGCGACGGUGACUGCGCUGGGAAUUCCUCUCGGCUGCAUUCUCUCCAGUUACACCAUGAGACGCGGAAGGAAACUGAGCCUGCUGAUAACGUCCGUGCUCUCGUUCCUAGGCUGGCUCGUCAUAUACUUCUCCGCGACGUACCAGCAGAUCCUCGUCGGCAGAAUAAUUUCCGGUAUCGCGACCGGUUCCGCCUCGGUACCGGCGACUGUUUACUGCGCGGAAAUCGCCUCGCCUGACUGGCGACCCGCCAUGGUCACCUGGACCAGCAUAUCCAUCGCCAUCGGAGUCCUCAUCGUCUAUGUCUUCGGCUACAUCUUCCAGGGCAACUGGCAACUGGUGGCUCUGAUGUGCGCGCUGUUUCCUAUGGUCUCGGCCGUGCUGACCUUGGCCGUCGUCCCAGAAACCCCGAUCUGGUUGCGGGACCGAGGUCGUCUAGACGAGGCGCUCGAGACCCUGAAGAGAUUCCGCGGCAUUCCAAAAAGUGCGGCUCCCACGUCGGACCAACUGCAGGAGCUGCGCCAGCGUCCCCAGAGCAAGAAGCAGAACCUGACGAAGCACCUGUUGAAGAGGAACGCGGUGGUGCCGUUCGCGAUCAUGCUCGCCUACUUCUUCUUCCAGCAAUUCUCCGGGAUCUUCGUGGUCGUCUACUACGCGGUGGACAUCAUACAGAGCGCUUGGAUCCCUUUAGACCCAUAUUUGGGCGCAGUUCUGAUAGGAUUCACCAGAUUGGUGGGCAGCAUUCUGGUCGCUGCAGUGUCCGGAACGUUGGGACGACGAGUUCCGUCUAUCGCUUCCGGUUCUUUGAUGACGAUCUUCAUGACGAUACUGUCCAUUUACUUGAUACUCCAGGACAAAGGCUACAGCUUCAAUGACGGAGGCAUGAUCCCCGUGAUCUGCGUGCUGACGUACAUUUUCGCCAGCACUCUAGGCUUCCUGGUGAUCCCGUUCGCCAUGCUGGGCGAGAUUUACCCUGCCAAGGUCAAGGAGGUGUUAACAGGACUGACGUCUUGCAUCGGAUACAUAUUCAGCUCCAUCGCGGUGAAGACUUACCCCGACAUGGCGGCUGCUAUGGGCGGACACGGUACCUUCGUGUUCUUCGCGGCGAUGUCCUUCGCUGGAACACUGUUCGUUUACGUCUUCCUACCCGAGACGAUGGGCAAGACCUUGGCGGAGAUCGAGGAGAUGUUUGAUAGGAAGAAGGAGACUGGAUCCUCCGAAGAGAAGACGGCGAUGGACCUCAAAGACGUCACUUCCAGCGUUUAAGACUCGGGACACGUUUAGGCUUUUCGAAACCUGUAAAGAAAUUGAAUACACCGUAAAUACCGUUCCCAAAGUGUUCAGAAUCGAUGUCGAACAAAUAGUUGAGUACCAAGUUGUUGGAGAGACGCAAAAUGAUGAUUCCGGACUGAUUUUUCUUGGCUCUCGUCGGUUGUUUCGCGAUCGACGAACCUGGAAAAUAAUUUGUGACUGUAAUUACUGUCGGUGAUGCGUCCACUGAAAACCUUGGCGCAAAAAUUGAACGAGCCACGCGUAUUAGAACAAUUUUUCUUAGCAAACGUUUCUUACGAGAGAGAUAACUUUUGUUUGCAGCAAGGUCUUUGAUUACGACUGGAUUAUGUUUUUAGCGAAAACAUUGCCAUAUGUUUAUGGUUUUCUUAACGUAUUAUGCGUCUGUGUAAAGUAUCGCUUUAGGACUUUUGUACCGCUGUUGACACGCAACGCUUUGUACGCGCGCGAUUAUUGUGUUUGUAAAUAAAUUAUUGAAAUUUCGCCGAU